CGCAUGCGCCGCAGCGCCAGCGCGCUCCCCGGAUCGUGCGGGGCCCGAGCCUCUCCGCCGGCGCAGACUCCGCUCGCGCCAGCUGGCUCCCGUCGCCAUGUCUGCCCCCGUCGAGCGGGAGUUCGAGGAGCUGGAUACUCAGAACCGCUGGCACCAGCUGUACUUGGAAAUUCGCAAUGAGUCCCAUGACUAUCCUCAUAAAGUGGCCAAGUUUCCAGAAAACAGAAAUCGAAACAGAUACAGAGAUGUAAGCCCAUAUGAUCACAGUCGUGUUAAACUGCAAAACGCUGAAAAUGAUUAUAUAAAUGCCAGUUUAGUUGACAUAGAAGAGGCGCGAAGGAGUUACAUCUUAACACAGGGACCACUUCCUAAUACAGGUUGUCAUUUCUGGCUUAUGGUUUGGCAGCAAAAGACCAAAGCGGUUGUCAUGUUAAACCGAGUUGUGGAGAAAGAAUCGGUUAAAUGUGCACAGUACUGGCCAACAAAAGACGACCAAGAGAUGCAGUUUAAAGAAACAGGAUUCAUUGUGAAGUUCUUGUCAGAAGAUGUGAAGUCAUAUUAUACAGUACAUCUACUGCAAUUAGAAAAUAUCAAUAGUGGUGAAACCAGAACAAUAUCUCACUUUCAUUACACUACCUGGCCAGAUUUUGGAGUCCCGGAAUCACCAGCUUCAUUUCUCAAUUUCUUAUUUAAAGUGAGAGAAUCUGGUUCCCUGAAUCCUGAACACGGGCCUGCAGUGGUUCACUGCAGUGCAGGCAUUGGGCGAUCAGGCACCUUUUCUCUGGUAGAUACCUGUCUGGUUCUGAUGGAAAAAGGAGAUGAUAUUAAUAUUAAACAGCUGUUACUGAAUAUGAGAAAAUAUCGAAUGGGACUUAUUCAGACACCAGAUCAACUCAAAUUUUCUUAUAUGACUAUAAUAGAAGGAGCAAAGUAUAUAAAGGGAGAUUCAAAUAUACAGAAACGGUGGAAAGAACUUUCUAAGGAAGACUUAUGUCCUGCUUUUGAUCAUUCACCAACCAAAAUAAUGACUGAAAAAUAUAAUGGGAACAGGAUAGGCCUAGAAGAAGAAAAACUGACGGGUGACAAAUAUACAGGAUUAUCUUCUAAAAUGCAAGAUGCUAUGGAGGAGAACAGUGAGAGUGUUUUAAGGAAACGUAUCCGAGAGGACAGAAAAGCUAAUACAGCUCACAAGGUGCAGCAGAUGAAACAGAGGCUAAAUGAGACUGAACGAAAAAGAAAAAGGUGGUUAUAUUGGCAACCUAUUCUCACUAAGAUGGGGUUUGUGUCAGUCAUUUUGGUUGGCGCUUUUGUUGGCUGGACACUGUUUAUUCAGCAAGCUCUCCUAUAAUUAAUUAAUUUUGCCCAAUAAGCUUCUGCACUAGUAGCUAAUAGUGUUGCAUUAAUUACAAGGGUUUGUCUCUUAACAAACUCCUCAUUCCCCCAAAAACAGUGCAAUAGAAUAGACACCAACCAGAGAAGUGAUGUAUUCAGUCCCAGCCCAACAUCUCAGGAUGCUGCUCCCAAACUGUAAAUGGCUACCUAAAAUAAAGACUUUAAUGCUUGUUUAAAACUGGUACAUUUUGCAACUGUAUUCAUACAUGUUAGGCAUAAUACUUCACCGGACCAGACUGAAAAAUCCUUUAUCACAGGAUUUGUUUUUGGAGGCUAUUUGGAUUUUAACCUGCACUUGAUAAAAGCAAUAAAUAUUAUGGUUUUAUCUACAUUAUUACUAGAAAGUAAAAUGAUCUUUAAAUAAUGUGUGUAUUGUAUAAUGUACUAUUGAUAUGGGCAUCAACAUUUUAUAUUCUUAAACAUUUCAGGGUGUAUACAUUUUAUAAGUAUUUAAUCUUUUGUAGUUAAAUAAACUUUUUAAAAGCUCAAUUUGAAAAAUAUGUAACCAUAAAAAAAAUAAAGUGUAUGUUGAUUCAAUUGUGCUGGAUACAUUUUCCUAAAGAAAAAUUUAAUAUGAGCAGUUAGAAUUCUGAAUAAGCAAUUUUUACUUUAUAUUUGC